AUGCAACAGAGAGAGAAUUGUUUGGUCCCUGACCAUAGCCGCUGUGACUCUGGCGAUGGUCUUGAUGGUCAGUUACUUCAGCCUCAGGUCAGUCCAGCUGACGUCCAUGGAUUUUCCCUCAGGAGAGAUGAAGAUGGCAAAGAACAAAAGCUCAAAACAAGGAAAUAUCAACACCACACAGGGGUCAAAGGUUCAACUAGAAACCACAAGGGAAGCGUUGACCCAGAGAUCUGUAUGCAUCUGGAUGUGACGUCACCCCGAGUCUGGGUGACCCCUGAAGGCGGCGACAGGGUCAUGUGUGACACACAGACAGACGGCGGAGGUUGGAUUGUCAUACAGCGGAGGACGCAUGGCGAAACAAAUUUUAACCGCAGCUGGGAGGAGUAUAAAGUUGGUUUCAGUGGGGAGAAGGGGGAUGAGUUUUAUAUAGGGAACAAGGUGCUGGAAGCUCUUUCACGGUCGUCUGCUUUAGUCCUGAGAGUUGAUCUCAUACACAAACGGUUGAAGUAUUUCCAGAAGUACAAGGACUUCCGGGUCUCAGACGAGGCCAGAAGUUACAGCCUGUGUGUCGUGGACUGGUCAGGGACUGCCGGUGACGGUCUGACCCCAGGGGACGACCAUUGGCAGAGUGUUGUAGCCAGCGUGCCGUUUUCUACCUACGACCACCCCGGUAUGUGCAGCUCAAGCGACCAGGGAGGCUGGUGGUCCAAGGGGUGUGAUAGCUCCAAUCUGAACGGCGAAUGGAAGGGGGGCGUCCGGUGGUAUCGGCUAACUUCCGGGGAUGACGCCAUAACGUUUACAGAGAUGAAGGUACGGCCUGACACAAACUGA